AUUAUUUAAUCGUCUCUCUGCAGGACGGCAUGGAGGACGGUCACAGCGUCCCCCCGUCCCCGGUCGUCCACGUCCGCGGGCUCUGUGACGCUGUGGUGGAGGCGGAUCUGGUGGAGGCGCUCGACAAGUUCGGCAACAUCAGCUACGUGAUGAUGAUGCCGUUCAAGCGUCAGGCUCUGGUGGAGUUCGACAGCGUGGAGAGCGCCGAGCGCUGCGUGGCGAGCGGAGCCCGCGAGGCGGUCUGCGUGGCGGAGCGGCGAGUUUUCUUCAACUUCUCCACCAGCCAGAGGAUCAACAGACCGACCGGCGCCGAAGACCCGUCCGGCGGGAACAAAGUCCUGCUGCUGUCCAUCCAGAACCCGCUGUACCCCAUCACCCCCGAUGUCCUGUACACCGUCUUUAACCCCGUGGUUAACGUCCUUCGGAUCGUCGUCUUCAAACGCAGUGGCGUCCAGGCCAUGGUGGAGUUUGAAUCAGCGGAGGACGCUCAGAAGGCCAAACUGGCCCUGAACGGAGCCGACAUCUACGCCGACUGCUGCACGCUCAAGAUCGAAUACGCUCGGCCCAACAGACUGAACGUCGUCCGCAACGACAGCAACAGCUGGGACUACACCAAACACCUGCAGCCAGGUACACACACUCACACACACACACACACACACACACUCACAAACACACACACACAAACACA